AUGGAUGAAAUGAUAGAAAUAUUUUUUAAAGAUGUAUUUGCUGUAUUGGAUCGAGAUAGUUUGCUCAAAUUUAAAUGCAGAAACAACCUCUUAAAGUAUCUAGAUACUAUUAUCGAAGCUGCAGCUCAAUCGGACAAUGUAGACAUGGAUACAGUAUGCCACAAGGUGAUUCAUCAUUUAGUAUGUUUUCAUAAAGAAUCAAAAAAUAAAAACUUCGGUGUGUGCCCCAUGGGAAAAAAUCAUAACAUCCUUUAUGUUGCAAGUGCAUUGUGCAAAAAUAAGCACAUUAAAAAUACCAAUGUUGUUUUAUCGAUAUUGGAUGAAAUUUAUCAAUGCGAAAAUACUUUUGAACGUUUAAUACUAGGAGCACUUUUUGGGAAGAAAGCUGCUCAGUUCUUCUUUGGUUGGCAAGGUGAUGAAGAAACUAAGCAAGAAAGUAUGGAAACACUAAUGUAUUUUGCUAAUUAUUCAAAUGUUGGCAAACGUUUAUAUACAUUUUACUCUUCUGCAACAUUUUUCAAGAAAGUAGCAGUACCUUUUGUUGAUCUACCUCUAGAUUGUUGUUCAAAAUCGUCUCCGCUAAGAAUUGCAUUACGCAUUGGGAUCCCGGAAAUAGUUUUGUUGCUGUUGCAACUUGGAGCCAAUACUAAUCCCUGUGAUAAAAACACAAUGGUCAUAGAAGAUCUUAUGAGUGAUAUUUGCAAAGAAAAUGGUAAAAAUAUGAAACGCUUGCAAUGCUUUACUAUUAUGAUCAGAGCUGUAUAUACAGUGCCGCUUCGUAAAACAUUUCAAUGGUAUACUUUGUUUGAUAUGCAAAAGUCAUUUUUCAAUAGAUUUCCAUGCAUUCAGGAUCUUAAUUUAUUGCCCGAUUCAAGAUGUGGGAAAACUCCUCCAGAAUUAAAACAUUUAGGUAGGUGUGUCAUAAGGAAUCAUUUAUCAAAAAAUCUUAAACUUCCGUGGGGAAUUAAACAAUUAGGAUUAUCACAGAAGCUACAAAAUUAUUUGAACUUAUUGGAUGACUAA